AAGAUAUUUAGACCUUUCGUUUACGACACCUGAGAGUCCUUUGAUUUGCAGCGCAGCAUUGAAUCGAACUUUUUUCACAAUGAUAUUCAGCAUGCGUGACCCAAUGUGGACUCCUACCGGCACGGUCUUCGAUCCCACGGCGCGCUUGACGCAACAACUUGAGCACUUGGCCAUCUAUGAGCAGCCGGUGCCGGCGGCAUAUGCCCCUCAGCAAGCUGCUGCUGCUUUGUAUCCAGCCCAGACUCCGGCUCCGGUCUCACAGAAUCCGAACUACGGGUCUACAGCGUAUGCUCCGCAGUACCGCCCGUCGGUGUGGAGUACGUCCAACAUCGGGGUAUGUCCGUCGCCGUUGGACUACCCUCCGCACAUCUCUUCGCAGCCGGCUCCGACAUGGGUGCCAGACCAAGUCUGCACCGCGGGUGGUUAUCAAGAUGGGUCCAAUAGUCCCUUCAUCCCUGGCUAUUCACUCAUAGAGACGACGAGAGGAACCGACUCCUAUAGAGGUGGGGCGAGGAAGGACUCCUUCAUUGAUUCGGCGAAGCCCCUGCUACUGGCUUGUCCGUAUCUAAAGUACGAUCCGUCGACAUAUAGUCAGAGACGGGGCUGUCGUGGGGCGGCGUUUCCUAGUACACAUCGGUUGAAGGAGCACUUACAUAGAACCCAUAGGCAAAAGCCGAAUUGCCCGCGCUGUCGUAGUCUUUUCAAGACGGAAGCUGAAGUGGGGAAUCAUCUCAAGGCUCAGGCUCUGUGUAAAGUCAUCCUCGGCGAUGGCGACGUGGAAGGAUUUGACGCCGCUCAGGAGAAGCUUCUCAAGAGUAAGAAGCGUAGAAAGGGAGUUGACACGGAAGAGGAUAAGUGGAGGGAGAUCUUCAAGAUCCUCUUUCCCGGUCAUCAAGAUGUACCUGAUCCUUUCUACAAAACGUCUCUCGAUGACCAGAGUCUCGUGAUCCAUGUGCCAAUAAAGGACCAAGAUGAUGUAGAAAGCAUAUUCACCAGAGAUAUACCAUCGCCCGUAGAGGAGGAAACAUUUUCUAAGAUGGAGGAAGCUGUGGGGGGACGCUUGACUAAGAAGAAGCGGAGGAAGCUCAUGAAUGUGUUUAGGGGGUUCGCCGUCAAGAUGCUCCGUCAUUCCGCGGAGGGAGACAACACGGACAGAGCCAUCACAGCCAUGUCAAAGUCUAGUCAGGUUGAGAGGCCACGGUCCGCUAGAGCUCCGGGUGAGGAGUUACAGCGUGUGAAGGCUGAUGAAAAACCGAACGAGAAGUUGGAAAGGAAGCAAGACGAGGUCUACGUGGUUCAUGAAGCAACGCAAACCUCAAUGUCUGGGCCGCCAAUGGACCCGGUCAUGACUUUGAGCUCCUUUCCUUCGGUGGAAGGGACGAUGCCGCGCAGCGCUCCGUUGGAUUUUCAAGCCUUUGAUCUCGGCAUUGACUCGGAUGUAGCUUUCUGGCCGGCCUGGGAUGCGGCAUUUGCCAAUGAUAACGAAGAUGCGUGGUUGGACGAUUUGCUGCGUACUGUAACUGCGUUACCGGGAGGCUUCGCCCAAGAACAAGACAAGACGGUUGGGAUUGAGCCUGCGAAUGCUUACGACUGCGUUGAGACCAUUCCGAGGCAGACCCGACUCGUUAUCGGGAGGGAUGCGACUUCUUGAAAUGAAGGGCAACCCAGUGCUGUAUAAUAUCAACCAGACUUGCAAAGACUCUAUGCGAAGCUUGCAUUGAGAUUCUAACCAAGUAAUCGAUGUAUUGAGGCGUCCUUAUGUACAGAGCAAACAUUUUUCCGUCGUGAUUUGAACGGGCCAGCCGAUUGGC